AUGGCUCAUGGACUGCAGAUAAGAGAUGAAGAAAGUGGCUACAACAAAAAUCUAUUUUGCAUUCCUAAGCAUUAUGAAGAAGAUUUAGAAACAGUCUUCAUUCCUCAUGGACUCAUCCUGGACAGGACAGAACGUUUGGCUAGAGAUAUCAUGCAAGAUAUAGGAAGCCACCACAUUGUUGCACUUUGUGUGCUUAAAGGAGGCUAUAAAUUCUUUGCUGAUUUGCUGGACCAUAUAAAAGCACUAAACCAAAAUGGUGAUAAAUCUGUGCCUAUUACUGUGGAUUUUGUUAGAAUAAAAAGCUACUGCAAUGGUUCACCUACAGAAAAAAUCAGUAUUGUUGGCGAGGAACUGUCUACACUAAAUGGGAAGAAUGUGUUAGUUGUAGAGGACGUUAUUGAGACUGGUAGAACAAUGAAAGCGCUACUUUCGAAACUAAAAGACAACGAUCCAAAGAUGGUAAAAGUUGUGAGUCUGCUCGUUAAAAGGACACAUCGAAGUCCAGGUUACAGACCAGACUAUAUAGGCUUUGAAGUUCCAGAUAAAUUUGUGGUUGGAUAUGCUCUUGAUUAUAAUGAAUACUUCAGAGAUUUAAAUCACAUCUGCAUUCUGAAAGAGAAAGCCAAAGAGAAAUAUAGGAUCUGAUCGCAC